AUGCCCGGGUCAGUCCGAUCAAAGAGCUCGUCACUCAAGGGCGACGGCGUCGACACGGUCGAGGAUGCCGCCGUCCGCGACCCCAUCCUGGAGCGGUACGAGCUCAUCCGGGACAAGACGCCCGAGGAGCGCAAGGCCAUCGAGAAGUCACUGGUGCGCAAGCUGGACUGGAAGUUCCUGAGCAUGGUGACGGCCAUGCUGCUCAUGAACUACCUGGACCGCAUCAACGUGUCCAACGCGCGGCUGGCGGGCAUGCAGAAGGACCUGCACAUGACCGACGUGCAGUGGAGCGCGGGAAUCUCGCUCUUCUACGUCGGCUACAUCAUCUCGCAGAUUCCCGCAAACGUCAUCAUGGCCAAGGGCAAGCCUCGCCUGCUUCUCCCCUGCUGCAUGCUGGCCUGGUCCAUCCCCACCAUCAUCAUGCCGCUUGUCACGUCUCCCGCGGGCUUCAUGGUGUGCCGCUUCUUCGUCGGGCUGGCCGAGGGCCCCUUUGUGCCGGCCGUGUCGCUCAUGACGUCGUCGUGGUACCCCAAGCACGAGGCGCCCAUGCGCAUGGGCAUCUGGCACGCCGGCAACACCAUCUCGCAGGCCAUCUCGGGCCUGCUGGCGGCCGCCAUCCUGCAGAACAUGGACGGCAUCGCCAAUCUGCGCGCCUGGCAGUGGUUCCUGCUGCUCGAGGGCAUCGUCAGCAUCGCCGUGGCCGCCGCCAGCUUCUGGUUCAUCCCCAACUUCCCCGACUCGACCGGCACCUACUUCAUCACCGAGGAGGAGACGGCCAUGGCGCAGUACCGCAUGACCGUGUCGGCCGGCGGCGUCGCCGAGGAUGAUGAGGGCGGCUACUGGGACGGCUUCUGGCAGUGCAUGAAGGACCCCUUCUCGCACAUGUUUGCCGCCACCCACUUCUGCCUCAUCAUCGCCCAGUCGUACAAGGACUUUUUCCCCUCCAUCCUCGCCACCCUGGGUCUGUCCAAGACGGUCACGUACCUGGUGCAGGCCCCGCCGCCCAUCAUCGCCUUCUUUGUCCAGCUGGCUGUGUCGUGGUCGGCCGGUCGCACGCAGGAGUUCGGCUACCACAUCAUCGCCCCCAUGAUGGCCACGGCCAUCGGCUGUGCCAUCAUGAUCACGCAGCUGAACACGGGCCUAAGGUACUUUUGCAUGAUUCUGUUGGUCAUUGGUCCGUUUGUCGGCCUCAAUCUUCAAAUCGCUUGGGAAACCACCGUGGUCCCGAGGCCUCGCACCAAGCGAGCGGCCCUGAUUGCCUACGCCAACUGCGUCAGCUCCGUGUCGCACUGGUUCAUGCCCUACUUCUUCCUGCGCAACCAGGAGCCCUACUACCAGACGGGCGGCGCCGCCAUCAUCGCCGGCUGCGGCCUGACCAUCAUCUUUGUCCUUGGCACCAAGUACUACGCCAUCCAGAAGAACAAGGCCCUCAAGGCCGCCGAGGACGCGGCUGGCGAGCCCGAGGGCUGGCGCUUUGCGCACUAAUGCUGGGGUUUUGGGGAUAGCUGGAAUUUGGGUAUGGUUCGACUUUGUGCUUAGCAUGUAUACGAAUUAUGGAACUGUCUAGUUUUUAGCUGUUUUAACGACGCAUUUUCAUGGCCAACUAUUUACAUUAUAUAUCCCUCGAGCGAAGCG